CAUCUAAGCACCAACCAAAUGUAAAUUGGUUUAUCAUAACGAAAACCUAAUCAUGGAGAGAAUGAGAGUAAUAGUAAUCACUGUAUUACUGUUCAUAAGUGUUGUGGUUGCAGAAGAUGCUGGCGCUGGUGAAGCCAUUAAACCUACAGAAGUUGCUGCAACAAGUGAUGCUGCAGAAGAUGCUGGAACUGAUGAAACCAGUAAUCUUGCUAAACACGAUGGUAUGAGCUUGGCAAUUAAUCAAAUACUUAAUGGACAAACUCAAGCGUACGAGUCUCCGAGGUUCAUGAGGUUUGUGACACAUUGCAGCUCACAUGUUGCUGAAACAUGCAGUGGAAAUGAUCCAAUGAAGAAAGGAGGUGGAAUCAAUGGCCAAUUAGGGUUGUUUCAAUGCCUUUUUGAUUCCAUGGAAGCAUGCUUGGUAGACCACAAGGCCUCACUUUAUCAAACAACUUCUUCCGAUAACCCUAAACAGUCAAUUCAAUAUUUGCCAGUGCUCAUUGAGACUGUAAAGUUUCAAACCGUCUUGAGAACCUGCUCUCAUUUCACUGCACAAAGCUGUUUGACUGGUUCUAAUGUUGAUUCAUCAGCUUUAUCAGCUUGUCUUCUACCAUAUUUGAAUUGGUGUGUGUAUCCUACUCAAAUGCCACCACCACCGCCGCCCCCACCACCACCACCGAUAUAUAAUGCUCAAAUUACGCCUGAUCAAGUUGAACCACCUGAUCAAGUUGAGUCUGAUCAAACUACGCCGGAUCAAGUUGAGCCUGAUCAAACUACGCCUGAUCAAGUUGAGCCUGAUGAAGUUUAGCCUGAUAAAAUUAGACCUCGAUGUGGUUGGUGCAGAUGAGUCACGUCUUCGGAAAUAAAUAUAUGAUACAAUGGAAGUACUUGCGUUGCAUAUUAUAAUAUAACAGAACAAUAAUAGCAAUGUGUUAUAGAUUAUCCUAUAUAUGUAAUGAAUAAUCUCUUCAUCUCUCUUUAAACAUUGUUCUUACUCGUUGCUUUAUGGUGAAGGAUCUGUUGUACCUUCAGUAUUCCAAUAAGCUAUGUCAUUGCAUGUCAUAUGUAAGAACAUCAUUCAAGAAUGUUAUGAUACAUGGUAAUGACGUUCCUACUA